AUGCAGGUGAUCGAGGACAGUGCGGCGCUCUUUCGCCGGUGCGGGGUCUCGAUCGGGUUCCGCACACUGGCGGAGGAAGUGCUCUCUCCGCUGCAGAAGAGCGGACAGAUCCGCAGCGAGAACCUGCACGCCAACCGCUACACCCUCGCCGGCAGCCCCCCCGCCUCCGCUGCUGCCGCUGCCGCCGCGACCGACGGUGGUGCCGGCAAGGCCCAGAGCAAGGCCAAGGCCAAGGGCAACAAGAAGGACGCGGCGGCGGUGGACGAAGCGGCGUGGCGGCGGGCGCUCGAGGAGUGCCUCGCGUUGGGGUCGCCCGAGGCCCGCAUCUGGCGCAUGGUGGGCGGAGGCUGCGACCAGCCGACGCCGCUCACCGUCGAGGAAGUCGGGAUGCGAACGGUAGAGCCCAUAUUCAAGGGCGCCAUGAUGGAAGCCAAGAAGAACGGCUGGGUGGAGGUGACCAAAGACAAAGCCACAGGGCAAGUGACGGUGCAAGUGACAGCCAAGCACCAGCAGCACAUCACCGAUCGGGUCCAGGACAUUCUGCGAUUUGGCACGGGCUACGUCGAAUCGGUCGCGUCGGCGUCGCUCGGCCGCGAAGAGUUUUACGCGGAGGAGGAGCGCGAGGCGACGUUGGGCGUCAAGCAGGCGGCGGUCAUAAUCGCCGAAGAUGGCACGGGCGAUGACGCGCUCAUCCUGCGCAACAGCCACUAUUCGCUGUUGGCCCGCGUGCUCUCUUCGAUGAGGCCCGGAGGCGUCGAUGGCUCGCUCAAGCUCUUCGUGGUGGAGCGCGCCUUCGUUCGCCAGGCCAAGACCAAGCGGAAGGACAGGACGGCCCGAGCGGACCCCUCGUCUCCCCGACAGACGCAGCGACGGGUGCUCCGCCGGAAGGCGCAGCAAGCCGAACAGCUCCGCCUGUCGGGCUUUGUCGUUGUGGCCGACGGUGAGCCGACCCUGCCCGAUCUGCUGGGCACCCUGCACGUCGUCUGCGCCAAGCUCGGUAAGGCCCUAGCCCUUAUCCAUCAUCAGGAAGUCAAUGAUGAGCGUUGGUGCUAA